GAAUGAUAAUAUUGCAUGCUGAUAGUAGACUUAUAUUUCUCUUAUUCAGCACAGGCAUUAUCACUGCUUGCAAUUCAAAUGUUCGAGCUCACUAGAGUAUUGUGGCUACUAAGGUGCAUUGCAAAGCCAGGAUAUAAGUUUGUUAACUUGUUCCAAGCUGAGAAGCUAUCAAAAGAUAGGAACUGGUUGACGGCAUCAGCACUGGGCUUUGGGUUUCUUAUCUUGUUAGUUUUCAUUACUUCACUCCUUGCUGACCAAUUGAUAGGGCCCAAGGAUGUGAACAACCCCAUAAUGAAGGAAAUCCUUUCAAGUGGUUUCGUUUCUCAAACUGCCUGCAUCCUUGUUUAUUGCAUCGUCACUCCCCUGUUGGAAUAAAUUGUUUACAGAGGGUUCCUUUUAGCAUCUCUUACGUCCGGAAUGAAAUGGCAACAAGCAGUUGUCAUAAGCUCAGCCAUUUUCAGUGCGGCUCAUUUCUCUGGUGAGAAUUUCUUACAGUUAUUCAUAAUUGGGACUGUCCUUGGAACCUCCUAUUGUUGGACAGGAAACUUAAGUUCUUCAUAUCUUAUUCAUUCGUCGUACAAUGCCCUCACACUUGUAAUCACAUACUCAUCUUAAUGUUUAAUAUCAACCAAUU